AUGAUUUGCACAAAUUAUACAGCGCAGACUCAAAUCGAUAGAAAUGCCCUUGCAUUGAUUAUUUGUCAUAUAGUAUUAUUUUGUUUUGCUGCUAUUGGUAAUGUUGGAAUGUUUCUGAUUAUUUAUCGUAAUUUAUGCGUUAAUCAUUCACAUCGAAUAUUCAUUCUACUACUUCAUAUGAAUAUUGCUGAUCUAAUUGUAACAUUUGAAUAUUUACCGAAACAAAUUAUACAUUCCAUUACCAAAUAUUGGUAUGGUGGUGAUAUAUUAUGUAAAAUGACCCGAUUUUUCGACAUUUUCGGUGUAUCACUUUCAUCGGCAGUUGUUGUAUGCAUGUGUAUCGAUCGUUGGCUUUCAGUUUGUAAGCCUUUUUCCGUAAUCGAUGGCAUUAAACGAAAUAAAAUUAUGCUAAUUUUCGCAUGGAUUAGCUCUUUUAUUAAUAGUUUACCUCAG